AUGGAAUUUGCACAUUUGGUCCAGGGGAACAUAACUUUAUCAGAAUAUGCUCACAAAUUCUUAGAGUUAGGUAAAUAUUCUCCUGAGAGCAUGAUAGAUGAAUGCAAAAAGGUUAAAAGGUUCAAGUGGGGUCUUCGUCCUAAGAUCAGACAGUUUGUGCUCGAGCUUAGUACUUAUUCGGUGAUUCUAGCCAAGGUACAGUUAGCGGAGAGGAGCCUUCGCACCUUCCCUCAAGCAGCAGAGAACCUCAGGUCCUCAGCCCCACACCGCAGACCAGCACCUAUUGCACCUGUUCAACAGAAGAAGAGACACAGGCCGAUGACUCAGGCUCUCCCUCAAGUUCUAGUAGCAGAACGCAGCAAGAUCUGUCAGCAUUGCGACAAGGAUCAUAGGGACCGACUCUACUAUCGCCGCAACAACACCUGA